AUGGAAAGUCAUCUGCCAGUUGACCUUGUUAUUGAUAUCUUGUCUAGAGUCUCUGCAAAGUCUAUAGAUAGGUUUCGUUGCGUAUCCAAAUUAUGGGAAUCCAUACUUGGCCAUCCUCAUUUUAAGGAGCUUUUCCUGACUCAGUCGUUAGCUCGUCCACGGCUCUUGUUCACCUUCAAAGCUAACGAAGAGUUAUUUGUUUUCUCUUCGCCUCAACCUCAAAAUCCACGUGAAAACUCUACUCUUGUAGCCACCCCUUAUAAGUGUUUUCCAAAAUAUUUCCCAACUGAUAGAUGUACCUCACACCGUAGACUGGUCUUUCUCCAGAGAGGGAAAACAGGGCGGGUGGUUUUUAACCCGGUUACGGGGGAGUCCAUAACCUUACCCAAAGUGAAAGCGACAGGUAUUAAAAUAAGCUAUCUUGGCUUUGAUCCCAUCAGCAAACAGUUCAAAGUGUUGUGUAUGACUCGGUCACGUUAUGGAACACCCGAUACUCAUCGGAUUUUGACAUUAAUGGAGACAGGAAAAGGACGUCAUCUAUGGAGGACGAUCCAAGACUCAAGAAAUUGCUAUGUUUUCACGGCAUCCAUUGUCUACCCCCACAAAUUUGUUGGGAUGACCGGUACUGGAGAGAUUGUCUUUUCGCCGCACACGUGCUGCUACCCUUUCUACCUUUUCUUCUACAAUAUCGAGAGCAGUACUGCUACAAGAAUCCAUUUUCAUGGAUUUGAAGAGCUUAAGCAUCAUCCAACUUCCGUUCUGACCAGUUUAGACUUUGUAGAGGAUGUCCAAGCUAAGUGGGUUCAAACUUCAAAGUCUUCAUAA